AGGCGGAGGCGCCGCUUCCGGCCCGGUGCGGGGGGGGAGCGGGGACAGGAUAUCGCUCACGAUGGCUCGAAUUCCUAUGGGUAAAGUUCUUCUGCGGAAUGUCAUCCGCCACACCGAUGCCCACAACAAGAUUCAGGAGGAGUCAGAAAUGUGGAAGAUCAGGGAAAAAGAGAAGCAAGCCGGCAAGAUGAGAUUUUUCCAGCAGCAAAGAGAGUCUGAGGGUUUGUCGGGGAACAGAAUGCGGUGUGACGGGUACGAUGAAGAAGACGAAGAACAAAAGGCGACUGCUGCUGCUGCUGCUGCUGAGAAAAUGUUCACGGCACAGGAUGAACGGGAAAGCCGAAUCUGGACAAAGAAGCUGUACGACUUUGAAGCAAGAGAUCCAAACAGAUGGGGCCACAGUGGCUACAAGGAACUUUACCCAGAAGAAUUUGAAUCUGAGAGUGACCAGAAGGAGAGCGACGGGCACGCUGCCAACGGGGAGAAACCCAUGCACCCAGAGACCUUGAAACUGGCUUCACACAAGCGCAAGCGCUCCAGUAAAACUAGCAAGAAGAAACACAAGAAGAAAUCUCGGAAGAAGGUGAGGCGGAAGCGAAGCCUGCAGAGCAGCGACUCUUCGAGCGACGACGAGAGCUCGGUGGAGGAGGAGAAUGGAAGGAAAAGGAUGAAAGCAAAGAAACGGCGGGAGAAGGCAGCGGGGCAGCAGAAGGAACAGCCCGGCCAGCCCAGUGACGGUGGCUCUUCCAACGGCCGCCUCUCCGACACCAGCAGCAAGGACGGCAGCAGUUCCAGCGCUCGGCUGCAGAAAGACAAGAAGAGAAGGAAAAAGAAAGAGCGGAGGAAUAUUCCGAUGGCAGAGGGUGACCGAGAAAUCAGAAGCAAGAAACGCAAAAACUGGAAAAUUGCACCCAACGAUUCCUCGGAUGAGAGCGGAGACGAAGAGCUGAACUAGAGGGGUGCUGAGGAGGUGCCUGUGCUCUCCCGAACCUGGGCUAUGUGAACCCAGCACUGCGGUCGGGCCAAGUGCAUCACUUGGCUUUACUGACACAGUCUGCAAGUGGGGACAGACCAGCCUUCCUCAGAGGCUGCAUGGUGAUAUACUGUCCGGGGCAGCUGCUCCCAAUCUGCUGCUGCCUUUCUCUCAAUAUUACACGCCAUGUAACACCCUGUCUCUUGUGUAGUGAAGGAACCUUUGGGGGCUGGGUCAGUACAGAUCCACACUCUGCAUUGGAUUGUUCAUAGGUUGUAGGUGUAGAGUUAGGCCAUUCGGCUCAUUAAGUCUACUCCAACAUUCAAUCGUGGCUGAUCAACAGUGCCCUCCUUUAGAGUACAGUUAGAAAGGAGAUGAGGAGGAAUUUCUUUAGACAGAGGGUGAGGAAUCUGUGGAAUUCAUUGCCAAGUCAAAGGAUAUGUUUACGGUGGAGAUUGAUAGAUUUUUGAUUAGUGUGUU